AUGGCGCGGGCAAGAAGAAAGGGAAGUACACCAUAUAGCUGGAAAGAGAAACUCACUACUGGUACUGUUGCUCUGGCAGUGGAGGGCAGGCUACGUAAUGAUGCGGUGCGGGAGGUGAAACCUCAACUAGAAGAAAAAGAAGGGAAAACGUUUGAUGUCUUCACUGCAGUGGAGUUUAAAACUCAGGUGGUUGCUGGAACAAACUACUUCAUCAAGGUCCAUGUUGGCAAUGACGAGUUCAUGCACCUGCGGGUGUUCAGAAGCCUUCCUCACGAGAAUAAGCCACUGAGUCUCCACAGUUACCAGAGCAGCAAGAUGAAGCACGACGAACUGACUUUUUUCUAG